GAAAAUUCCUGAAGUUCCGAGCGGAGAUGAGUACUUCUGGAGGCCGAUGGGGAGGGAGGGAAGCCGGGACAGGUCUGGACAUGAAGCUGCCUGGAAGUGACGACAAGACUAGCACAGAAAUACUAUUUUAGUGUACUUUUACUACGAUUUCCAGUACUUUUACUGCACUGCACGUGGUCUGCAGCGGCUCACAGUACACUUUCUGCAUAGUUAAAGUACUUUUUCUGCUGUAUAAUGCUUGUACACCAACAUAUUUAAGGAUUACACUGCAAAACAAGUAUUACACUUUCAUAUGCAGUGGUUUAAAGUACAUUUACUGCAUAUUUAAAAUACCCUUUCUGCUGUCUAAUACUUGUACUCCAACAUAUUUCAAUAUUAUACUACAAAAACAAAUAUUGUACUCCAUAUUUACUGUGGUUUAAAGUCAAAUGAAGUACAUUUACUGCACAUUUAAAGUACUUUUUUUGCUAUGUCAUACCUCUACUCCAACACAAGUUAAAGUUAAGCUGCAAAAACAAGUAGUAUCCUUCCAUCUCUUUGUGGUCGUGUGUCUUUUUGACGCAGUUUUGGUGCAUUCAUGGUAUUUUGUGUGUAUUAGCAGCAGUUUUGUGUCUCAAGAACUACAGCUGGUAGUAGUUUUGUGUCUCUUUGAAGUAGUUUUGUGUUUCUGAAGUAGUUUUGUGUCUCUUUGAAGUAGUUUUACAUUCCUGUGUGGUUGUCUUGUGUAUAUUAGUUGUAUUUAGGUAUUUAUUUGUAAUUUUUUAUGUGUAUUAGCAGCAUUUUUGCAUUUCUAUACUCUCAUUCUGGCUGUUUUGUUUUUGCUUGUAGUAUUUUUGUGACUCUUUGUAGUAUUGUUGCGUCUCUGUAGUAUUUUCGUGACUCUUUUUGGUAAUUUUGUGUCUUCUUGAAGUAUUUUCUCGCCUCUGUGGGGCUGUGUUAUGUUUUAUUUGCAGUUUUUUUGCAUCUCUCUGCAGCUUGUUGUUUCUUCGUCAUCUUGCAGUAAAUGUGCUUCACAUUUAAAUGCCUCCGUAAAUAAACCGACGAUGAAGACGUCAGUGAAGCAGUAAAACCUCGAGAGGACGAAGAGACGAGGGGAAAGAACGAUGUUUCAUCUCAGCUGUUUAUGCUGAAGGUUCACUGAAGCAUCCUCCUCCUUCCUCCAGCCCUCUCCCCGCCUCUUCCUCUCUCUCCGGCCGCCACCGGAGCCUCUUCUCCCGGACACUCCUCUCCUCCGCGUCCGAGCCUCACAUGGGAAAAACCCGCAGCUGCAGCUCGAAGCCACCGCGGCUGCAGCAGAGCGGCCGAUCCUCCUCCAUCCUGCCGCCGUGGGACACCGCAGGGCGGGGAAGCAGCGUCGCGGGGGGGGCGGUGUCGGAGCCGGAGGUCUGGAAGCUUCGUCCGCAGGAUUCGGACCAAAUGUAAGAGAAAUAUCAGGUUCGGUUGAUGCAGAAAAACGAGCCGCGGCGGCCGGUUAGCUCCAGAAGAUGAACCGCAAGAGGGCGAGACGAGGAUCCGGAACCAUGGUUCUGGUUCCGGCCUUAAUCUGGACUCUGAUCACAGAGUCGUCUAGCGGCGAUCCCUUCGUUUCUCAUCACUCCGGUCGCUUCCCUCCGUCGUUAUACCAUCGACAGGAUGAAGUCGACCCUCCAGAGUCCCUCCACCUUCAUCACCUUCAUCACCACCACCGUCAUCACCGCCACCAUCAGCCUCCGGACGGUUUGACCAAUCAGAUGUCGGAGUCUCCGCUGGAACCUUCCGGCCACCGAAGCCUCGACCUGCUGACUCGACCUCAUUACGAUGUUCAGCCGGAGCACGCUGCCGUGUCGGCUCGACACCUGGUCACCGUGUACCUGGCUGUUGACGUCCGGAGGCUGAACGUCAGUCUUCUUCGGUGGUUUCGGGAAGGUGUGGCGGCGGCGCUCGGCGUCCCGGCGGGUCACGUCCACAUCAACCAGCUCAACGAGAAGAAGAAUAGCAUCGAGCUGUUCGUGUCCUCUGAUAGGCUGGGAGCGUCGGAGCCCCGUCCCGCCGAGGAGGUCAUCCAAUCGCUGAAUGUCCGGGUGCUGCAUCGCCACCUGGGACACUUCGGCAUCACCGAGGUCUCCACGGAGAAAAACGUCCUCCAGGGGCAGCAGUGGGAUCAUGUCUGGAGCAGAGAAGGUUUCUAUGCUGUCGUCCUUUUCUUCACCGUCUUCAUUAUCGUCAUCACCUGCUUGAUGGUUUUGUUCCGACUGAAGGAGAAGGUUCAGGUUUCUGACAGACAGCUCAAAGCUCCGCCCCCUGACCUCCACCUGACCCCAACCCUCCCUCCUGACUCUGCCCAGAGGUCAAAGGGCACCAAGGCGUCAGGAAGCAGCAUGGUCCAGGCUGAGCUCCCUCCUGCUGUAGCCACGCCCACUCCCUUGCAGCAGCCAAUCACAGCCUCCCGGCGCCUCGCUCCACCUGUCCCACUGCCCAGCUCCGCCCUGGUCCCGGUUGCCAACGGCGACAGCCCCGCCCCCCUGGUCAGCAUCGCCCCUGUGACAACCAAUCACGAGCUGAAGCUCUGCCCCUCCCCUUUCAGGAUGAAAGCUGCUGCCGGACUUCAGGAAAGACGAGGUUCCAACGUCUCUCUGGUGUUGGACAUGUCAGCCCUCGGCGCCGUGGAGCCCCUCAGCAUCGCCAUGGUAACGCCGAGGGAGGCGGCGGCCCGGGAGUACCUGCUGUCGGCGGGGCGACCGUUGACCCGACUGCAGCUCCGAGACGUCGUCCAGAACACCCACAAGCUGCACGCCGAGUUCGCUGAAAUUCCGAUGAACUUCAUCGACCCCAAGGAGCUGGACGUCUCAAACCACGGAACCAAGAACCGAUAUAAAACCAUUCUGCCCAAUCCUCAUUCCAGAGUGAUCCUGAAGUCCAAAAGCUGCAACGACCUGCUGAGUUCCUACAUCAACGCCAACUACAUCCGGGGUUACCUUGGCGACCACAAGGCGUUCAUCGCCACCCAGGGUCCGAUGGUGAACACGGUGAACGACUUCUGGCAGAUGGCCUGGCAGGAGGAGGCUCCGGUCAUCGUCAUGAUCACCAAACUGAAGGAGAAGAACGAGAAGUGUGUCCUGUACUGGCCAGAGAAACGAGGGAUCUACGGCCGGGUGGAGGUUCUGGUGAACAGCGUCAGAGAGUGUGAACACUUCACCAGCCGCAGCCUGACUCUGAAGUGUGGGAAUCAAACCCGCGAGCUGCAGCACUACUGGUACACAUCGUGGCCCGACCACAAGACGCCCGACUCGGCGCUGCCGCUGCUGCAGCUGAUGGCCGACGUGGAGACGGCUCGAGGUCCUGGAGGUCCUGGAGGUCCUGGAGGUCCUGGAGGUCCUGGAGGUCCUGGAGGUCCGGUCAUCGUCCACUGCAGCGCUGGAAUUGGUCGGACGGGAUGCUUCAUCGCCACGACGAUCGGCUGCCGGCAGCUUCAGUUGGAAGGAGUGGUGGACGUCCUGAGCAUCACCUGCCAGCUGAGAGCUGACAGAGGAGGGAUGAUCCAGACCGGAGAGCAGUACGAGUUCGUCCAUCACGCCUUGAGUCUGUACGAGUCUCGCCUCUCUGCAGAAACCGGCCAAUGAGGAGGCUUCAGCCCACAGGUGUGUUACCACGGCGACUCCUCGGCAGCUAGAUCCGACUGUUGGACUCUUGGUGAAUCCGAAGCAGCUGUUUGAAAUAGACGGACAACCAAUCAGGACUUUAGUGGGCGGAGCCUGCUGAAGCUAAGAGGAGGUAAACUUCUGAGGAUGGAAUGUAAUCCUUCUUCUUCUUCUUCUUCUGCUUCUCUGGUGUUUCUUCUUCACGUGUUGUUGGCGAGCAAAGAAGGAUCUCCUCUUUAACCGCCUGAAUCGUGUUUUUACCCUACUAACUGUCCUCUUACCUCUUUUCUGUAGUUUGAAACUGAAGGUUGGAUAAACUGAUGUGCUUCUGUGUCUUAUAGGAUUUCUACAUUAUUUUGCUGUUAGCCUAAACGACUGUUAGCUCGGCCGGUUGAACCAACUUCCUGUCGUAUUUUAACCUGUAGUUUGGUCACUCUGGAGUUAAAACGACCUUCAGCUGGUGUUCAGCAGCGACUUUCACGUUCUGAGGUUCAAAAUGAUCGCAAAAAUACCAAAUAUACCCGUUAGCUUUCAGCUCAGUUAGCUAAAAUAUGCUAACCGGCCAUGUUUAAAUGGUAAUUCUACUUCAGUUCCACCUGACGAGGUGAACAAAUACACAAGUUGAACAUAAACUGGCUUCGUUUAGCCCUCCAAACUCCAAGAAGCAGGUUUUUUUAUUUGUUUUUCUUCACUGUGGCUCAUUUUUCACUGUGAUAUAAAGUCAAAAAUCAAAAAAAUAGCCUGGAAUCAACCUGGAAUCAACCUGUCCAAUGUUGCUACCAACUCGAGAUAUUCAACUAUUUCCAUGUUUCCAGCUGUAGAAAGAUGUUUCACCAUUCUAAAUGUAUCUCCAACAACUUUAUUUUAUACAUCCAGUAGGUUGGAUUUUCCUCACAUGAUAGUUUUGGACAAAUUUUGAGUCAUUUUUAGACAUUUUUUUUCAGUUAUUUUGGAAAAAUUUGAGCCAUUUUUGACCAGUUUUCUCCAUUAUUUUCAACAUGUUUCCAGGUUUACACCACUUUUAACAAAUGUUGAGUCAUUUUCUACACUUUCUUCAAUUAUUUAGAAUUUUCAUUUUCGAUAAUUUUUUAUUACAUUGGAGAAAUUUGAGGCAUUUUAGACAAUUUUCUCAAUCAUUUUAGACAAGUUUCCAGGUUUCUGAUUCUCUGACAAAUUUUGAGUUGUUUAUAGACAAUUUUUCAGUUAUCUUGUCAAAAUUUCAGCCAUUUUUGACCAAUUUUGAAGCCAUUUUAGACAAUUUUCUCAGUCAUUUUGAACAAGUUUCCAGGUUUCCAUAAUGUUUAACAAAUUUUGAGUCAUUUUAGACACCUGUUUUCAGUUGUUUCGACAAUUUUAAGCCAUUUUGAAUAAUUUUUCAAGUACAUUGAAGAAAUUUCAGCCAUUUUUGACCAGUUUUGUAGCCAUUUUUGAACUGUUUUCUCAAUCAUUUAAAACAAUUUUCCAGGUUUCCUUCAUGUUUAACAAAUUUUUAGUCAUUUUGGACACUUUUUUCCUAUUAUUUUGACAAGUUCAAGUCACUUUGGCCAAAUUUUCAGCCAUUUUGGACAUUUUUUUCAGGCAUUCACACAAGUUUAAGUCAUUUUAGACAAAUUUUCAAUUACACUGGAGAAAUUUGAGCCAUUUUAGACCAAUUUCUUCAAUCAUUUUGGACACUUUUCCGGGUUUCAGUCAUUCUGACAAAAUGAGUCAUUUUGGACAAUUUUUUUCAGACAUUCAGAGAAGUUUAAGUUGUGUUAGACAUUUUAAAAAAAUAUAUUGGAGACAUUUUAGCCAUUUGGCACAAGAUCGCAGGUAAAAACUGGAAAUUUGAAGACUGAAAACUCUGAAUUUUUUGCUACUUUGCUUUCCUGGUUGUGCUGAGGAGCUCGAAAUUUUUGUUUUUUUACCCGAUCUGGUUUGAACAAAUGAUUUAUUUUUGGCUACUUUUUAAAAUUUUACAUGUAGAAUAAGGUGAAUUUGGUGAAAUAUCGUGAUUUUAAGCUGAGAUUUGCGUAGUUUUUUCCAAUGGUACAACACGCCACGUUAUUAGGACCGUCGGAAAGAUAAAAAUCGAUUUGUGUUUAUUUAAAGAUAACUUGUUUUUCCAAUCCACCAGUGGGAUUUUGGGUUCAGAGGAUUAAACACCAGUUUCAUUUUUACUUUUUAAUCUGAGGUCCCAAAAAGACCGACCUCCAGCCAUACGAAACAUGCUAAUAAAUAAGCUCCUGCUAAGCUAGUUGUAGUAGAUAAUAGCUAAUUUUAGCUUUAGUAGCUCAGUCCGCUUUAUCGCUAAUAAAUGGAUGCUAAUAUAUAAACUCAUGCUGUAGCUAGCAUGCUAUGCUAACACAUAACCCAUUAACUCUCGUAUCCUGCUGCUAUGCUAGCCGUUUAAACAACAACAACUGUUAUUUUGGUAUUUUUUAACAAGUACAGCUCCAGUCUAAGAAUUAUGGGAGCUGUAGUUUUUGGAUGAAAUCAUCAUCAUUUUGUCUUUGUUGUGUUUUUUAGGUAUUCAAAUUAUAAUCUCGAGCAGAAACCCAUCAGUAUUGUGGGGUUUUUUUUUUUUUAGAAAUACCAGUGAAUAUAAUUGGUAAAAUAUGCAAAUAAAUGGAAGAUAAUGGCGCAGAAUUUAUCUCAAAAGUUGCUUUUAGUCAAAGUUUAUGGAUUCUAUUCAUUCUUAAAAUUAAGGCUGCCAAAGUUUAGGGCCAAAUUGAAAAACACGAGUCAUUUCUGACACAUUCCUGACACAUAAAUCUAAAUUUCUUGCUGCUUGGUCUCACAGUUUACAUUCCAUCUUGUAGUUUCCAGCCUCCCCUGUUGUGUAAAACGUUGCUUUAUACCAAAAAUGUGAAAUAAUUUCCGUCACGAUGGUGCAGUCAUCACGUCGAUGUGCUGUUGUACAUUCUGUUAUCUAGUCAGUAUCUUAUUUUGGUGUAUCAGAGUAAUAAUAACUUUAUUUUUAUACCGUUUUUACAUGUUUUCGAUGUCUUUAGCAGCGAUCAGCCGUUUCUUGACUCGCAUUGAAAAGCCUCAUUAUGUCUAAAAGACCGACUGGAAUCAACUAUUGGCUUCUGCUUUGACAUCCCAGAGACAAUCUGAGGAUAAAGAUCUGAAACUUCACCCUGUUUAAGCAAUAAGUUUGAAAUUUUCCUCCAAACAAAUGAGAGACUAAAUUUGCCAAAAACAAUCAGAGUCCAGAAAAGGAUGGUCGGUUUUUGUAUAUCGAUGCGUUUUAGAGCCGAGACGAAAACGUCGAGGCGUUUUUCUCACUCCUGUCCAGUGUUUUAGGAUUUUCCAAGGUUUCGACGGUAAUGCCAGUAACGAUGAACAUCCGACGGUGUACAGAACAUGUUAAAGUGCUAUUAAAACCCAAACAAAACACGGAAAUCUUGCUGCUACAACUGGAAGCUUCUGGAUAAGACGUUUUCUAUGUACCAAUAGAUUUUUAAUCUUUACUUACGAUACAAUCGCAGGACUCUGGACCCGAGUCUCUUGUCUAUACGUACUACUUGCCUCCUGGAACGUCGCCGACUCACUUUUUGCCUGAAACUGGAUCAGUCGGCAUUUUGAAGUGUGUUAAACACUUGGUUUGAGCUGCCUGAGGUGAAAGUGGAUUUGUACUGGACGGUUUUCUCUGCAGAAACAACAACACACACUGCCUCUGACGUAGUAUUGUGUCUGUACAGUAGGAUGUGCUUCAUGUCCUGUACUUCAGUGUUGUUGACUUGACGGAGCUUAAAGGGACCCUAAACACUUUAUUCGUAGGGAAAUAAAUCUGGAGUUGACUUGAAUUUAGAUGAGAUUCGCAGCCUCUCUACUGUCGCUGGUUUUGUAUAAUUUUCUGAUGGAGACAGGGUUCUACUUUCCAUUAGUUUAACUACACACUACUGCUAAUUUAAGAGUUAAAUCCUUUAUUUAGCAUAAAGCACAUUAACCGAACAUGCGGUAAAGUGACAUUUGUCAACAAGCAACCAAACAAUAAAGUUUUCAAUCUACUUAAGAUUGUUAACUUCAUCAAAGAAGAAACUACUGGGUUUACUGUAGAAUCAUAAAAUCCAAUGUUAGCUUUAAUUAGCCGUGUUUCUGUAACGUAUUUUACUUAUUUUGAAGUGUCGAACCAAGAAAAAAGUUCAUGGAAAGGCAAAAUAUGAAGAAAAAACUAAACAAUUCAGUAGAAAAAGGAAAAGAAUCAAUGACUUUCUUGGGAGAUGGAAAUACCUUUUCUAAGUUUUGAUGUAGCGACCUUUUAUGACUGAUUGUUUCUUUCGUUGCUUCGUCUUCGGACAGCGUAAAACUUGACCAACACCGACUGACAAUCGAGAAUAUUUACAACUUUCACUGAUUGAAACUAUUCCUGGAAACUUCUCUCCAUUUUUCUCUUAUAGAUGAAAAAAAAGCUUUGUUUCUUCUUGUUCUUCAAGAUUUUUGUUUCAAGCAGGUUUAUCCAAAGCUGUUAAUGGAAACAAGGCUAAUUAGCAUUUUCUUUGGUUUUUCUAUUUGCAACAUUUCAAAAAUUUGCCUUAAAUUUCCUUGAUUGUUUGGAAAACAUGAUUACUGACUUCUUCUGAGUUUUGCUAUUGCCACCUGGUUCAGGAAUUCCUCUGACAGCUAGCUAAUGCUACUGCACUUUAUUGUAAAUCUCACCUUAAACCAUGGUACUGAAGCUUAUUUUGAAAAGAAUUGCUUUGGGAACUGAAAUGACAUUUAUCAAAAAUAUCUGCAGCAUUAGUUAGUACAAUAACUAUUGAAAGAUGGCUUUUGGCGCUAGCAACAUUAGCUUGUGGAAGAAUUAAUUUUAGCUAGUCUAAAAGAUGGUUGUUUGUGUCACAUUAUCUUAUUGAAGAACCGGUUAAAGCUAACAUUAAAGAUGGUUCUUUGUGUAACAGUAGCUUGUGAACAAACCAGUUUUAGCUUGUUGUAAAUGAUAGCACUUUUUAGAAGCAUUAGCUUGUGGAAGAACCGGUUUUAGGUCAUGUAAAAAUAGUUAUUUGUGUAAUAUUAACUUGUUUUAGAACCAGUUUAACCCAUGUAAAGCUAGCUUGUAGAAGAACCAGUUCUAGCUCUUUUAAAAGUAUGUUCUUUUAGUAAUGUGAGCUUGCAGAAAGAACUCUUUUAGCUAAGGUAACAGAUGUUUCUUUCAAUAGAAUUAGCUUGUGAAUAACCAAAUUUUGGGUCCUGUAAAUGAUGGUUUUUUGUAACAUUAGCUUAGUGGAAGAACCAGUUUUAGCUCAUGUGAAAUAUGUUUUUUGAGAAAGGUUAGCUUGCAGAAGAACCAAAUUUAGCUAAUGUUAUAGAUGGUUCUUUGAGAAACGUUAGCUUGUAAAAGAGAGUUCAUUAGUUUGUGGAAGAACCAAUUUUAGCUAAUGUAAACGAUAGCUCUUUUUAUAACGUUAGCUAGUAAACAAACCAAUUUAGGGUAUUUUAAAUCAUGUUUUUGUCUGUAACAUUAGCUUGUGAAAGAACCAAUUUCAGCUUAUGUGAAAGGUGUUUCUAUAUGUAACGUUAUGUUCUAGAUGGAUCGGUUUUGUAAAAAAUAGGACCAAUUUCAACUCAGGUAAAAGAUAUUUUUCUUUAACAGUAGUAGUAGUAGUACAACCAACUUUAGCUAGCAUAAAAAUAGUUCUUUUUGUAUCAUUAGCUUGUUUAAGAACACAUUUUAGCUCAUAUAAAAGAGUUCUUUGAUAACGCUAGUUUGUAGAACUAAUUCUCGCUCUUUUAAAACAAUCUUUUACUAAUGUUAGCAUGCGCAAGAACUAGUUUUAGCUUAUAUAAAACAUGGGUUCUUUGAGUCACAGUGUGAGGAAGACUAGAUUUUAGCUCUCAUGAAAGAUGUUUUUUUUUUUGAGAAAGAUUAGCUUGUGGAGGAACCAAACUUGGCUAAUGUUAUAGAUGGUUCUUUGAGAAAGGUUAGCUUGUCGAAUAACCAAGUUUAGCUCCAAAUUUAAUGUAAAAGAUGGUUCUUUCAGUAACGUUAGGUAGUAAACAACCCAAUUUUGGCUCUUGUAAAAUGUGUUUUUUCUGUAAUGUUAGCUUGUGAAAGAACCAAUUUCCGCUCAGGUAAAAGAUGUUUGUUUUCAGUAGCAUUUGCUUGUGGAAGAAUCGAUUUUAGAUCUUGUAAAAGACAGCGCUUCCAGUAGCGUUAGCUUACAGAAGAACCAAUUUCGGUUAAUGUAAAUAUUUGUUCUUUGCUAACAACAGUUAGGAAAAGAGACAAUUUCAGAAUAUGUAAAAGUUGAAUUGAAGCAGCCACUCGUGUAUUGACUUAUUCUUUUGUUAACAUUAUAUCUCAUGACAAAGUUUAUCCAUAAACUGAACAUUUAGCUCAUUAUUAACUUUGGGUUCGGAAAUGGGUUGGUCGGCAGCAUUUUUCAGUUGCUGGCAAAAUAGUUUUGCAAGCUAGCAGGAAGUGGGUUCUGAUUUGUAUAAAGUUUUAUUUGUGCAGUAAAGAGAGGAAGUCCUGAACUAGAAGGCAUGAAUUCUGGGUGCGAAGUCAUAUUUCAAAUCAGCCGUAACAAGUUUCAUGAACACUUGAAAGAAAAGUGUGUAUAGACCCUCGUUAGCAGCAUAAAUAUUAGGGUCCCUUCAAACUUCUCCUGUGUGGGCAUUACGAUCCGUCAGAGAACACUCGAUGCUGUUAGUGUACAUCCGUUCUACUAUUCUACGUUUGGCUUUUUAAUGUAUUACUAAUCAACUUGAAUGUUGUAAUGGUGCAGAACAUUAGCCACUGAGUAGUGCUGUAACCUCGUUAUCUACUCUAUAUAUUGUUACCUGUAAUCUGUACAUUAAAAACACUGGACAUGAAGAACGUGGAA